AAAAAGCUCGCGCGCGUUUACGCUCAAAUCUUAAUUUGGUUUUUUCCAUUUUCAUUUUCAUUGAGUUCUCCGUUAGUUUUUGCCUGAAAAUCCACUGCUAAUUUUGAAAUUGUUACCCGUUUAUUUUUUGUUAAUCAUGGCCAUUGAAACAAAUGAUCGUUUCAAUCUGGAAUCAUUACGUAAUGAUUUGGGAAAAAUAUUCAAUGAAUCACAACAUAUAAAAAAUUCUAAAAGAAAUUUAAAAGAAUUUAUGAAAAUUUAUCAAAAAUGGUUUCUAAAUAUUGAUGAUGGUGAACAAUUUAAAAAUUUUAUGCAAACAUUUAUUGAUCUAAUGAAAAAUAUAUUGGCUUGUGAUAGUCAAUCACCAUAUACUAAACGUGUAUUGGAUUUUUUAGCAUUAAUUUUCAAAGAAAUUAUACAAUUUGAAGAAGAAUAUGAAACAAAACGUUUAGAACAUUUAGCUGCUCGUGAAUCACGUGGUGAUAUAACAAUGGCAGAUUCCGAUGAUAAUGAUAAUGAUGAUGAUUGUGAUGAUGAUGAAAUUGGUGAACAAUGUUUUGAUCAGGAACAAACAAUUAUCGAUACACGUUAUAUAUCACCACCAUGUACUGUUGAUUUAUUCAUCCGGAAUUAUCUAUUAAAAUUUAUAAAAGCUGAUGAUAUAUUUGUUAGACGUAAUUCAGUAUCAUUAUUGAAAAAAACUCUGGAAAGUCUUGAAGAAGUUGAUGAACUGACAUUCAAUGAAGUAUUAAAAGAAUUACGUCAACGUAGUAUUGAUAAAGAUAAAUUUGUUCGUGCAUUGAUUAUGUUGUGUUUACGAAAAUUUCAAAAUAUAACAAUCGAUACGGAUGAUGAUGAAGCUAUAAAAAUAUUAAAAUUUCAUCUACAAUAUGAUCCUGAUUCAUUUGUACGUUCAUGUGCUAUGAAAGUUAUCGGCCUUUAUCCAAAUACAUUGGAUGCUAUAAAAGAAUCAACAAUCAAUAUUAAUGCAAGCAUACGACGAUUAGCAUUUCUGAAAAUUGCCGAACAUAGUUGUGCAAAUAAUUUUCCACCAAAUGAUCGUUUAAAAUUAUUAAAAGAUGGUUAUACUGAUCCAAGUACAGCGGUUCAAAAUGUACUCAUACGAAAACUGUUACCGAAUUGGAUUUCCGAUGUUGAUAAUGAUUUGGUUCGAUUUUUUGAAUAUUUCAAUAUCCGUAAUGAACAGGAUUUUUUCAAUCAAUUAUUUGAUGAUUAUUUUCAAUCAUUAUUGAAAAUAAUUGAAAAAGAUGAUAUUACGGCAUUUCAUCAAUUGGUUUUUAAUUUUCGACAAAAAUAUCUUGGUGAUAUGAAUAAAUUACCAUCAAUGGCUUUGCCAAAAGAAGAAUUUGUCUAUCUUUGGAAUCGUUUAUGCAGAUUUUGUAAAUCAAACAAUGUUAUCUAUAAAAAACCAUUACCCGCCAACGAUGCUGAAGAUGGUGAUGCUAUUUCUACACCAACCGAUAAUCAAUCACAAGAACAACAACGAAGACAAAAUUUUAUCAUCAAUGAUUUGUUGGAUGAUAUUUUCCCCGAUAUUCCUGUUUAUUGUGAUUAUGUUGAAAGUUUUGUCACCAAUGCUGUUACCGUAUUGAAUGAAAAUAAUGAAGAAUCAAAUAAUAAUACUGCGGUAGGACGGAAAAAAUCCAACAAAACAGAUAAUCGUCAUAAAGAAUUGAAUUUUAUUUUUGAACAAUUACUUAAUAUUGGUUGUUUGUAUAAGAUUAGCGAUCAAGCACAAUGGAAUUAUAUUGAACGUACAUUUCGUUCAAUCAUAUUGAAUGAUCAACUUUAUCAACAUUUUAAUAAUUAUAUUGAACCAAUAUUUGAAAUUUUUAAUAAUUAUUUUCAAAAUAAUUCAAAAAAAUUAUUGGAUUUAGCUUUGGAUUUGAUAAAUACGAUUAAUUUACCUGAACUACAUUGUGAUCGUAUACAAACGCAAACAAUGAAAAUUGAUCAACAACAACAACAGCCGGAUGAACAAACAUUAAUACCAUCAUCACAGAUUAAUCCACAAGAAAGAAUUGAAACUGAUCCAAAAAUUCUUGAAAGAUGUAUAAAUAUUUGUAAUUCAUUUUUACAUGUUGGUGGACCAAAAAAUACUGAUACAUUAUCAAAUUUGGGUGGUUUGAUUAAUAAACUUGUGUUAAGAAAUUUAGCCAAUCCUGAUAGUAAUAAUAUUCGAUUAUUAUCGGUAAAAGCAUUAGGAAAUUAUUGUUUUCAAUCAUUGGCUAUUAUAAAUUCAUUUUUAAAAGUAUUUGUUGAAAUAAUUGAAGAAGAAAAUUAUUGUGAUGCUCGAAUAGAAUCAUUAAAAUAUUUAUUCGAUUUUGUUGGUUUUUUUGGUAUGACUAAAAUCAAUUUUAAUGAUCUGGAUAAUUCAUUAUCUUCGAUACGUAAUCUAUCGAAUAGUUUUAAUAAUCAAAAUCAAAAUAAUAAUAAUUCAAAUAUAUCAUCAACAACAACAUCAUCAAGUCAGAAUCGUAUUUUUUAUGAAUAUUUUUCCGAUAUGAUAACAAAUUUUCUUCAAGAACCAUCAAUGGAACCAUUACAGAUGAAAAAACAAUUUAAAACCAGAAUUGAAUAUGAUUUGUUUGAUACAACUGUACGUGGACUGUGUAAAAUUCUUUAUAUUGGUCGUUUAAGUUCAUCAGAUUUUCUUGCUCGUUUGAUUAUCAUUUUUAUUACAUAUAAAAAUAUAACAGCCGAAUUGAAACAUUUUAUCCGUGUAUUCAUUCAUCAAUAUAGUGAAAAUCUCUCGGCUUAUUUUGAAUUAUUCAAAACAAAAAAUAGUCCAUUCAAUGAUGCUUAUGUUGAAUGUUUUCGAAUAUUAUUAGAAAAUGAUAAUAAUCAUUUACAAUCAUAUGAAAUGAUUACCUGUAUUAUUGAUUCCUGUACUAAUGAUGAUCAACGUAAUAAUCUAAUAAUGAAAUCAAUGGAAAUAUUUACAUUAACAUCGGAAAAAGAAUUCAUUCAUAUUAAUCUUAAAUUGAUUGAUCGUAUUAUUGAUUAUAAAAAUUUAGAAAAAUCUGAUCUAUUGGAUUUGAUUAAACAAUUUGAACAAUAUCGUCAACGUUAUUAUAAUCGUAAUAAGAUGACCAGACAAAUUAAACAAGAUAAAUCAAUAAUAUUGUUUGAUAAAAUUAUAAGAAAUCUUCGUUUAACAUCACAAGGUAAUAAUCAAUCAAUCAUUGAAAAUGAUAAUGAAAAUAAUCCACGUUCAAUGCGAUCAUCAUUAUCGAUGAAUCGAUCGAUUACAACAACAACACCAACAACAUCAUCGGAAAAACGUAAAUCAUCGGAUGAGGCAAUCGUCACAUCUACCACUCAAGAUAUUAUUGGUGUUGAUGACGACGAUGAUGAUGAUGAAGAUGAACCAAUCAUUUCGGAUUUAGAAGAUGAUGAUGAUGAUGAUGAUUAAAAUUAAUCCAUUUUACUUUUGUUUCUU